AUGUUAGGCAUCACAAAAUUAAUUAGCGAUUUCAGGGAAUUUAAGUUUAAAAAUCCCAGUUACGCGGAAUUGCCUAUAAAUGAUAACCCUGAGUAUAAUAUACCAGUCGCCGUCAACAAUGCUGUGUUUUCCAAGGUGCCCACAGAACCACUUGCAGGAAAGCUUCACCUAGUCUGUGUCUCUGAAGAUGCGCUAACUGAUAUACUUGACCUGGAUCCUACAGUUGCUGAGAGUGAUGAGUUUGUUGACUUUGUUGGAGGAAAAUAUUUACCUGAAGGUGCUCUUAGUGUAUGUCACAGAUAUGGUGGCUACCAGUUCGGCUAUUGGGCAGAUCAACUGGGUGACGGUAGAGCUCAUAUACUUGGAGAAUAUUUGAAUAGGAAUGGUCAAUUAUGGCAACUUCAAUUAAAAGGAUCAGGAGAGACUCCAUACUCUCGUUUUGGAGAUGGCAGAGCGGUGUUGCGCUCGUCAAUCAGGGAGAUGGUGGCGAGCGAGGCUUGCUUUUAUUUAGGUGUACCAACAACUAGAGCGGCCGCUUUGGUAGUGAGCGACGAUCAUAAAGUAUGGAGAGACAAGACUUACAGUGGCAAAGCCAGACAGGAGCGUGCCGCUGUGGUGCUUCGCCUAGCAAAUGCCUGGUAUCGCAUUGGCUCUUUUGAAAUCCUUCUCAAACGGCGCGAACCAGAUCUCGCAUGCAAACUAGCAGAUUUUAUAAUAACUUAUCAUUUUCCUGCGAUUAAAAUUACCGAUGAAAACAGAUAUGUUAAACUCUUCUCUGAAGUUGCGCAUAGGAACUUGGACAUGGUAGCAAAAUGGCAAGGACUAGGCUUCACACAUGGAGUUCUGAACACGGAUAACAUCAGCCUCUUGGGGUUGACCAUAGACUACGGCCCAUAUGGCUUUAUGGAACAUUACUAUAAGCACUAUGUGCCCAAUUCCUCGGAUGAUAUGGGAAGAUAUGCUUACAAGAUGCAGCCUGAGAUAGUCCUGUGGAAUUUGGAUAAGUUUGCAGAAGCACUAAUACCCAUUUUGACAGUUGAACAAAUACAGGAGGUUAGAGAAAUUCAAAGUAUGCUGGCAGAAUAUGUAGAGAACAGAAUAAGAAAUGUUUUUAAUCUCAAACUUGGCUUGGAAAAUUAUGAAGUAGGAGAUGACCUUCUUGUAAAUGAGUUAUUGGACCUUAUGGAAGAUACUAUGGCAGACUUUACAGCCACCUUCAGACAACUGGCAGAAAUUAAAUUAGAAGAGUUGAGCGAUGCAAACAAUCAGUUCGAGAACUAUUGGUCCCUCAAGAAAGUGAGUACAGGAAAAAAAUGGCAACAAUGGGUGAAAAAAUACCAGCAAAGGAUCCACUUAGAAAAUAUCGGCGAAGAAGAGAGACGCAAGCGCACGACGAUUGUGAAUCCCAUUUAUGUUCCCAGGAACUGGAUUCUACAGGAUGCAAUCGCUGAUGCUGAACAAAAUGACUUCAAAAAGGUUCGCCAUUUACUAGAAGUGUUGAAGGAGCCGUUUAAACUGAAUGAGGAAGCAGAGAAACUCGGUUACUCUUCUCAGCCCCCAAGCUGGUCAUUUGGCCUUAAACUCAGUUGCUCUAGUUAA